GGCUGGGCCGCGCCGGUGGCCAGGAGGAGAGACUAGGAGGAGGAGGAGGAGAUUUUAUGGGCUUCCUUCAUACCAUCGGAUUUUAAAUAAGAUUAUGUGAUGAUGUAUCAAUCAUGUACUUCUUGGUCUGUGGCCUCUUAAACAGGUUGUGCUUAAAGAAGACUAUAAGGGAAGAACAUAUUUUCUUCUUGCCGCAAACAUUGCAGUAGAAGAUCUGUGAAGGUUUGAAAGGGCCAAUGAGUAUUCUCAUCAUUGAGGCAUUCUAUGGUGGGUCCCAUAAACAGCUGGUGGAUCUGCUUCAAGAAGAGUUAGAAGACUCUGUCCUUUAUACCCUGCCUGCAAAGAAAUGGCACUGGAGAGCAAGGACAUCAGCUUUGUACUUCUCUCAGAAUAUUCCCACCAGUGGUCAUUACAGGAUCCUCUUCGCAAGCUCAGUGCUUAACCUGACUGAACUGGCUGCUCUUCGACCUGACCUUGGGAAAUUGAAAAAGAUUCUGUACUUUCAUGAGAACCAGUUGGUAUAUCCUGUCAAGAAAUGUCAGGAGAGGGAUUUCCAAUAUGGAUACAACCAAAUUCUAUCCUGCCUGGUGGCUGAUGUGGUGGUAUUCAACUCAGUUUUUAAUAUGGAGUCAUUUCUCACUUCUAUUGGAAAAUUCAUGAAGUUGAUUCCUGAUCACAGACCCAAGGAUCUGGAAAGCAUCAUCAGACCCAAGUGCCAAGUUAUUUACUUUCCCAUCAGGUUUCCUGACGUGAGCAGAUUCAUGCCCAAGCACAAAGCAGCCCAUUUACAGAAGAUACUCAGCCUUAAAGAAAAUGGUGGCACUGCUCCAUCCACAGCCCUUCCUUUCCAACAGGAGCAGAGAGGUUCUGAGAAUCUAUUGAAGAGCUUUGAUUCAAAGUCUGGACUUGGUGAUGCAGCACAACAAGAAAGCCUGGGUUGCUCUGUAAGACAGGAGUCAUACUUGAAAACAUUCAACUCCUCAGAUGAUUCAAGCACACAUCAUGGGGAACGUAAACAAAAUCAGUGUGACGUUUUGGCUGAAGCUGAUGAUCAGCAAAGACCAUUACAUAUUGUCUGGCCUCACAGGUGGGAGCAUGAUAAAGAUCCAGAGAGUUUUUUUAAGGUAUUGAUGCAUCUUAAGGACUUAGGACUCAAUUUCCACGUAUCUGUCCUUGGAGAAACCUUCACAGACGUCCCAGAUAUAUUUUCAGAAUCCAGAAAGGCAUUGGGAUCUUCUGUGUUGCACUGGGGCUACUUACCCAGCAAAGAUGACUAUUUCCAAGUACUGUGCAUGGCUGAUGUUGUCAUCUCAACAGCUAAGCAUGAAUUCUUUGGAGUGGCAAUGUUGGAAGCUGUGUAUUGUGGGUGUUACCCGCUUUGUCCCAAAGAUUUGGUUUAUCCCGAAAUAUUUCCAGCUGAAUAUCUGUAUUCUACACCUGAACAGCUUUCAAAAAGGCUCCAGAAUUUCUGCAAGAGACCAGAUAUUACAAGAAAACAUCUCUAUAAGGGUGAAAUGGCUCCUUUUUCUUGGGCAGCCCUACAUGGUAAAUUCAGGUCUCUGCUUACAGCAGAACCUAGGGAAGAUUUGUGACAGAUGGGGCUAAGUCACAAACUUGCAGCCUAAGGCAGAAUCUGUAGAACUUUCCAGAGUGUGCCCAUAUUUACCUGAUCAGAGAGAAAAGAAAAUCUGCAGAGGAAGCUGAGCCUGGCUGCUUGUCAUAGCUGACACAGAGCCAUCUGCCACAAACCUGUGGCGGCUUCAGAUCUCCAAUCCCUGCCACCACCCCAACUCAAAUUAAAUACAGAUUCCUAGAGACGUUAUGAUGGUUACACAUGUCCUCGGCAUCACAUGGAGGAGACUGUUCAAAAAAAAUAUGUGGCCUGUUGUAUAACCGCACUCAUGUAUCCCAUAUGUGGUGCCACAUUGAAUUUCCGGUUGAAUCCGUUUUUAUCCUUUGUACUGGAUGACAUGGUGCCUGAAUUCUUUCUUUUCGCUGACACGAUGGCAGCCAAACUGCAGCUUCAAACGCUCUCACUUGGCUGGGUUUCUACCUAGGUUGCCAGGUUAUCAUCGGAGCCUUCUUGUGUCCUCAGAGGGCCACAGGGCCUGAACGGAGGAUCAGAAUGCUACUGACUAAUUGGGCAGCCAUCUCAGAAUUGUUUGUGGGCAAAGAGCUGCUUUAGCACUUUUCUUUUAGCAAAUUAAUGACUCCCUGGCACCGAGGUUUUAAGUGAAGGUAUUAAUAAGAAGUCUGGCAGGUAUUCCCAUGAUUCACAGAGUUACAUUUGCAUUUAAUUUAUCUUAAAGAAAGUUGCAAGAUAAACAGCUGUAAUUCAGACAAACAUGGAAAAUACACUAAGUAGGGCCAUCUCGCCCAUAAAAUGAACACAGAGAUACUUGUUUUAAUUUUUUUCGAGAAAUAAAAAUACCUCUUACAAAACCAGUAAUUUUGAUAUAAAUAUUUGUCAAAAAUAUUUGCA